GUAAUCGCCGGUUACAAUUUGACCGCGGUUAAAAACUUGACUAGUCUAGUUAAAGUCCUCGCUUCCGACACUGGUUAUGGUCCUCUGCAACUAUUUAUCAUCUCAGAGAGAUUAAAAAAAAAAAGAUAAGAGAGAGAAAUAUAAUAAGAGAGAUAGAGAGAGAAAGUGGGUAGUUGAAAGGGUCAAUUGAAGGCUUUGGUUUUGUGUUGAUAAUUGGUGGUUCUUUUUGUGUUUGUUUCUUUGGUUUUCGUUUUCGUUUCGAGGUUUUGAGGUUUUGAGAAUCUCUGUUUUUGGAUCAAGAAUUUUCAUGAAGGUUGCAUGUUUGGGAUGAGAGAUCUGGAGGAAGAAAGAGAGAGAAGAGAUAACAUGGCGUCAUCAGAGGUUUCUAUGAAGGGGAAUUGUGUUAAUGGAAAAGGUGAAACAAACGAUGGUGUUGGAGAUGGUCAAAAUGGCUCUUCAUCUUCAUCUUCAGGAGAAGCUGAAGUUCAACUUUACAGAGAGCUAUGGCAUGCUUGUGCGGGACCGUUGGUGACGGUUCCAAGAGAAGGAGAGCUUGUGUUUUAUUUUCCUCAGGGACAUAUUGAACAGGUGGAGGCUUCGACGAAUCAAGCGUCGGAACAACACAUGCCGGUUUACGAUCUCCGGCCUAAGAUCCUCUGUCGGGUCAUCAACGUUAUGUUGAAGGCGGAGCCAGAUACUGAUGAGGUGUUUGCACAAGUGACUUUGGUUCCACAGCCAAAUCAAGAUGAGAAUGCGGUUGAGAAAGAAGCUCCUCCUGCUCCUCCUCCGCGGUUUCAUGUUCAUUCGUUUUGUAAAACAUUGACAGCUUCUGAUACUAGUACCCAUGGUGGGUUUUCUGUUCUUAGACGUCAUGCCGAUGAAUGUCUUCCUCCGCUGGACAUGUCAAAGCAACCACCUACACAGGAGUUGGUGGCAAAAGAUCUGCAUGGAAAUGAAUGGCGUUUUAGACACAUCUUUCGUGGUCAACCGCGUAGACACUUGCUGCAAAGUGGUUGGAGUGUUUUUGUCAGCUCUAAGAGGCUGGUUGCUGGAGAUGCAUUUAUAUUUCUAAGAGGGGAGAAUGGGGAGCUUCGAGUUGGUGUUAGGCGUGCAAUGAGACAGCAGGGUAAUGUUCCGUCCUCGGUUAUCUCUAGCCACAGCAUGCAUCUCGGUGUUCUUGCAACUGCUUGGCAUGCCGUGUUGACAGGGACCAUGUUCACUGUCUAUUACAAACCUCGGACCAGUCCAGCGGAAUUCAUUGUUCCAUAUGAUCAGUACAUGGAGUCGCUCAAAAAUAAUUAUACCAUAGGCAUGCGGUUUAAGAUGAGGUUUGAGGGUGAAGAGGCUCCUGAGCAAAGGUUUACAGGGACCAUCGUUGGAAUCGAAGACACCGACACUAAAAGAUGGCCUAAAUCUAAAUGGAGGUGUCUCAAGGUUAGAUGGGAUGAAACGUCUAACAUACCUCGUCCUGAGAGAGUUUCCCCUUGGAAAAUAGAGCCUGCUCUUGCUCCUCCAGCUCUAAAUCCUCUUCCAAUGCCCAGGCCUAAAAGGCCUCGAGCUAACAUUGUUCCAUCAUCUCCAGAUUCUUCUGUUCUUACCCGCGAAGCAUCGUCUAAAGUAAGCAUGGACCCUUUGCCCACUAGCGGUUAUCAAAGGGUCUUGCAAGGUCAAGAAUCAUCGACCUUGAGAGGAAAUUUGGCCGAGAGUAAUGAGUCUUAUACUGCAGAGAAGUCUGUCGUGUGGCCAUCUGCAAAUGAUGAAGAAAAGAUUGAUGCUGUUUCUACUUCAAGAAGGUAUGGAUCGGAGAACUGGAUGUCAAUGUCAAGGCAGGAGCCAACGUAUUCGGAUCUUCUAUCAGGGUUUGGUAGUGUCAGAGGAGAUCAUUCUUCCCAACAGUUGUUCGUCGAUCAAACUGGUCACCUGAUCAACCACACUAGGAAAAGUUUGUUGGAUCGCGAUGGCAAACAUAACAUGCUUAGUCAGUGGCCUGUAAUGCAACCUGGUCUGUCGCUCAAUUUCUUGCACUCUAAUAUGAAAGGUUCUCCACAAGGCGGAGAUAAUUCACCGUACCAAGUUCAAGGUAAUAUGAGAUACAAUGCCUUUGGUGACUACUCUGUGCUUCAUGGACAUAAAGUUGAAAAUCCACAUGGAAACUUUUUGAUGCCGCCGCCACCUCCAACUCAAUAUGAGAGUCCUCGUUCAAGAGAACUUCCUCAUAAACAAAUAUCUGCAACUACAUCUGAGUCUGCAAAACACAAAGACGGCGAAUGUAAGCUAUUCGGCUUCUCGCUUCUCAGUAGCCCUACCAUGCAAGAGCCUUCAAUAUCUCAAAGAAAUAGCACAAGCGAGACAGUUAGUCCCAUGCAAAUUUCAUCACAACGACAUCAUACAUUUGAAAAUGAUCAGAAGUCCGAGCAUUCAAAGUGCUCAAAAGGGCCAGAAAAUCCAGUUGCAGUUGAUGACCAAGAGAAUCUAUUGCAAACUCCUCAAUCUCAUUUUAAAGAUGUUCAACUCAAAUCCCAAAAUGGUUCUGCUCGAAGUUGCACAAAAGUUCACAAGAAAGGUAUCGCUCUUGGUAGGUCGGUUGAUCUUACAAAGUUUAACGACUAUGAUGAACUAGUCACUGAAUUGGAUCAACUAUUUGAAUUCGGAGGCGAAUUGGUUUCUCCACAAAAGGACUGGCUUGUUGUCUACACUGAUAAUGAGGGUGACAUGAUGCUUGUUGGUGAUGAUCCAUGGCAGGAGUUUUGCGCCAUGGUACGCAAGAUUUACAUCUACCCAAAAGAGGAGAUUCAGAAAAUGAGCCCCGGUACAUUGAGUUCUAAAAAUGAAGAGAAUCAUUCAGCUACCGAAGGCGGAGGAGAAGCACAAGAAACAAAAUGUCAGAUGAAUCAAACAACUUCAGAUGCUUGAUUUCAUUCUUUAGUAGAUUUAAUUUUCUUAGUAUCAUCCAGAUUCCGGACUUUGGAAUGGAAAGAAGUAGAGAGGACUGUCAUAAAGACAAGCAGAAGCAGUUAGAGAAAAAGUGUAUGACCUGAACAAGAAACUUUUAAUUCUGAAGAGACAAGAACAACAUCAACAACGUAUGUGUUUGGAAUCAGAAUAUGGAGUUAGAGUUUUCCAUCCGAUUUUGGACCAUGUCGUGGAAUUAGUGUUAGUAGUAUAUUUAUAUAUAUGACUUUCCAAUUAUAGUAUAUAUAAAUAGUAUAGCUUGCAUUUUUCAUCAAAUCCUAAACCUUGUUCAUAGUUAAGCUAGAAUCCAUUAAUGUAAUUAUUAUUAUUAUUUUUAUUAAGUAGUAGUAGUUCAUAAUCAUAUACAAGGGAGGUUUAUCUGA